GGAAACAUACCCCGAGAAUUGGCAUUAGAGGUCUUGGAUACGAUCCACAAGGUGCUUUUCCCACAAGAUCGGAGCUCCCAGGCUCUUCUCUCAUCUCUCGUAUCUCGAGGGUCUUUUGAUGAAGAUUUCCUUCGGUAUGAAUCCGCAAGAUACCGGGAAGAGGACGAAAAAGAAAGCUCCUAUCAUUAUUUUGGCUCCCAGCUUGCUGGUCUUUAUGACGAAUUUCAGAAUCCAACACUGAGGGGUUGGUUCCAGAAGUGGUUGGAGAGGAAGAGCGGAGCGAGAUACGCAAUGAUGGCAACUCUUAUCGGCGUUGGGAUUGCCUUUGUGAUUGGUAUAUUAGGACUAGGGGUUGCCACAUUUCAAGCUUGGGUCGCAUAUCAGCAGUGGAAGCAUGCGGCAAGCACUAGGUGA